CGGAACGAGCAUCCUUGCAUGAAAAUGGAUGAGAAAAGUCAAAAUCUAAUGUGUUUUCGGUGCUUAAUAAGUUAAUAGAGUCAACGCUCUCACUCACCCCAUCGUUUAGUUCACAGCUUUGCUUUAGCCUUAAGACACUCUUGUUUGAUCUCAAGGCAACGACUCGUAAAUGUGAAGACGAUUCACUGAUUUCUAUGCCUCUCUUCCCCCUCUUUCCACAGCAUAAUUCAGAAGGAUUGCUGAAGAUGGCCACAAGGCCAAGAACAUGGUGGCGCUUAGUUCUAUGUUAUCUGUUUCUUGGAUCGAUCAAUGCGAGUUUUCUCCAGUGCGAGGACACUCGGUGCAGGACGGGUUCCUGCAACAGCAAUGGAGAUUGCAUCUGCAAGCUCCCUGAUCCUUCGACCAUAUUAGAUGGCGACCGGCCUUUUCUCGGUGGAAAAUUUUGCAAUGAGGAGAUGGUGAUGUGCGAUGGAACAAACUCAUUUUGGUGCGAGCACGGAGGGAAAUGCGAGGAGAUCGUGCAGGGCGAGGAAUAUAGAUGCAAGUGCCCUCCAGGGUACACCGGUGAGCGCUGCGAGUAUUCCGGUGCACGUUGUGGCGGGAUCUUCUGCUUCCAUGGGGCCGAAUGCUUGGUUGAGGGAGAGGCUUGCGAAUGUCCUUCUGGCUGGAGAGGAAGUGCCGAUUGUUCUCUCCCAACAAAUUCCACGACAGGUUCUUAUAAAAGUACAUCUUCAACCAGAUCGGAUCAGCGGGGCGGGGAUAGUGACACGAGCGGGCUGCUGUUGCUCUUUCUUGUUCUAUGUUCUGUAGGAGCUGUACUGGGACUAGCUAUUUAUGCCCAGAAAUGGGUUCUGAGAAGACAAAGAACAUCUCCGAAGUCUCAGCAGUUAUCGGACAUGCAGCCUUACUGCCGCGUAUUGGAAGAGGAUGACGACAAUCAAAUUUCUGCAGAAGACAAGCACAAUGACGACUCACAUCUCUAG